AUGGCAGCUGUAUAUAAAUCUAUUUCUAAGAAGCGAAAAACGCAGCCUACAGAGGAAAGGGUCGAAGACGAUAUUGAGAUGCAGGAGAGACUGAGUGACGAGAGUAGUGAUAGCGAAUCCGAAAGCGAAUUGAACGACGAAGCCGACCAAAAUGACGCUAAAACCGCAAAUGGAACCUCAAAUACACUGGGUUAUAUGCCAAAGACUAGAGUCCUAAUGCUCACGUCUAGAGGGGUUACUCAUAGGCAUCGACAUCUUCUAGCCGACCUCUCUGCUCUUCUUCCACAUACACAUAAAGAGAGCAAACUUGAUACGAAAAAGAAAACCGCUGGCUACAACUUCCUCCUUAACUCCCUCGCUGACCUUCACUCCUGCAAUGUCAUUUUUUUUCUUGAAGCGCGAAAACGUGGCCAAGAUCUCUAUCUCUGGCUCUCGCGACCGCCCAAUGGGCCUACGAUAAAAUUUUCCGUGACUAAUUUACACACAAUGGGCGAAUUGGGCACAGGAUUCGCUGGCAAUUGUCUAAAAGGUGGUCGUGGUGUGGUGGUGUUUGAUUCAUCUUUUGAUGAUCAAGAAAUAAUGAAAACAGGAAAUGAAUGGAGAGGGUUAGCCAGGGAGAUGCUCAGGAGCGUAUUUUCUGUGCCUAAGCGCGGUGUGAAGGGGAUGAAGCCAUUUGUUGACAGGGUCAUCGGUAUUUAUUGGGUCGACGGGAAAAUAUGGAUUCGGAUCUUUGAAAUCCGAGAGUCAGACGGAAAACUAGACAAGAACGGUGAAGAGGAAGAAACUGCAUAUAAAGGAAAAUCGAGGCGCGGCAAAGAUGGCUUACCACAUCUCUCUCUAGUGGAAAUUGGUCCCAGAUUCGUUCUUACACCGAUUGUGAUCUUAGAAGGGAGUUUUGGUGGGCCGGUUAUUUAUGAAAAUCGCGAGUACGUGAGCCCGAACCAGGUACGGCGGGAGAUCAGAUUAAAGAAGGCUUCGAAGUAUACUGCUAGGCGUGCAGGGCAGAUGGAUAGGACAGCCAAGAAUGUGGCCCUAGGAUUGGGAGCAGAAGGUGAGGCAAACAGGAAGAAGGAUGAGCUUGAUCCACGCGUAUUGUUUGCCUAA